AAAGGCUCAGUUCUUCUGCUAUUGAAUGUCCUUCUCUGACUACAAGAAAAAAUAUUUUAAUGUCUUCAACAUUUACUAUCUAUUUUAUCCAAGAAAUUCACGAUUCAACCACAAGAUGGAAAAACUGAGGUUAUUACCGGGCAAAUACUAAGAGCGAAACAAAUGGAGGGUACGAGCGGCAGGGCGUUACCCGCUGUCCGGGGCCCCAGUGAGAGGGCGGCAUCUAACAGGAUUCAUAGGUGGUCUCCAAACUGUGCACCUCCAGAUGUUGCAAACCUACAACUACAAAGCUGUGUUUUGGCAAAUUCGGAGAUUGACCAUUGGGUUUUACAAGAUGUCUAGGGCCAAGAACAGUCGCUGGCACUGGCUUUUCUCAUGCGAUGUCUCAGCUGCCGCAGGAUGAGUUUGAGACGUCCCUGGAAAAGGCAGAAGCCUGGAUGAAGGAGAUCCACGAGCGGCUGAAGGAGAAUGACAACACCCAGGGGCCCCGGUCAGCGCUGGAGUCCCGGCUCCGAGAGACUGAGAAAAUCUGCGCCCUGGAAGGUGACGGGAAGCUGCUCAUCGAUAAAGUCCUGAUGAAAGCUGAGAUUCUGCUGGGUGAGAGCAGCGAGGAGGAGAAGCACGAGAUCCACCUUAAGCUGGCCAAAAUCAAAGGCUUAUUUGAGGAAACCACCACAUACAUGAUCCACUGUCACAGCCGCAUAGAAUGGGUCUGGCUGCAUUGGAACGAAUACCUGAAGGCGCGAGACGAGUUCACCCUGUGGGUUCACAACAUCACCCUGACCCUGGAGCCGGACGUGGAGCUGCAGCUCGGCCUUAAGGAGAAACGCUGGCAAUAUGAACAAGCCAUGGUGCUCAUGAAGGACGUCCUGAACCAGUCCCGGCUGCUGGACAGACUGCUGGAGGAAGCCUCAUCCCUGUAUAAUCGGAUCGGCGACCCCAGUGUAGACGAGAGCGUCCAGUCCGCCAUGAUGGCCGAGUACAUACAGAUAAAGAAGAAGGCCCAGGAGCGGGUGGAACAUCUUGAGAAGACCUGGAAGGAUCAUGAGGCCUAUAAUGGGGACAUCAAUGGCUUCAAAUCCUGGCUGAAUAGUGUGAUCGAAAAACUGAAGCUGUAUGUCGGGGCAGCGUCCAAUUCUACAGAGAACAGGCUGGACAUCCUGCAGGAUAUCAGUAAGGAUGUGGAGAGCGGUAACAAACAGCUGGAUGCCCUGGAGGUGAAGUCCGCGCAGGUGAUCAAGAACACGUCUCCGCUGGGAGCUGAGAAGAUCUGCAAGGAGCUGGAGGAACUGCGCAAUACCCUGAAGGAGCUGAAACAGAUGAACGAUGAAGAGGAGGAGACGCUGCUGAAGACGCACGACUCGGAGAACGCCUUCCUCCUGCUGGCCCGACAGCUCGAAGCCAACAUCAAUGAAUUCCGUAAGGCCACGCAGAGGCUGGAGGAGAGUCUGGAGUCCGGCGAGCGGGUCAAGAGCGAAGAUGACUUAAUAGCCCUAUGGACCACGCUGAAUGCCACUAAGUCUGCUCUAGCGGCAGAAGAAGCCAAAGCAGAGCGGGUGAAGGUGCAGCUGAGAGAUCUCUUCAAGUUCUCCAAAGAUGUCCAGCCGCUGUCUGAUGGCGUCAUCUCGGCCAUGCGAGACUAUCAGAGAGCUAAGAGUAAGGCUUUUAAACUGAGCAUUGACACUGAGUCGGAGCUGAAGCAGCUGUUUCAGAACCCUCUACGUGAAUUCCUUUACUGGAAACCGAUCGCUGAGAGAGUCCUGGAUGCCACCGCGCUCCCUGUCAAUGAUGGCGGCAUGAAUGAUGAUGCCCUGGACAAUAUUGAGACAUUACUUGAAAAAAGCUUCGCAAUAAAAGACAUGCUGGCGGCCCUAGAGAAGAAGAAGGAGCGGAUACAACUUGUCCUCGGCGAAGAUAAAGCCAGGACUCUCCUGCAAGAUAUAGUCGCCGCCGAGAAGGAGAGGGAAGAAAUCCACCAGGAGCUUCUGCAGAGGAAGAAGGGUAUACAGAGUUUGGCCGAGCGGAAAAAAGAGUUUGAUUCUAUAUUCAAGACCUUACACCAGAAGAAAGCGGCCAUUCGAGUAAAAAGUAUCAAAGAGAACGAGCUUGAGCCGGAUAUUAUCGGGAAGGAGGCGCAAGUUCAGAGACUGCAGACUCUGCUGGAAGAACUAAUGGGCCUCUAUUCCCCCAUCCAAGAUCUGAUCUCCAUGACCAAAUCGCAGUCGACCGACGCACACAGAGCCGAGCAGCUGAACUCCGAUUAUGUGAUGUUACAGAGGUCUCUAGAGAACAAGGUACGGAAAAGCAAAGAGAAUAUAAAUACCCACCUAAUGUUCAAUCAUCAUCUCCGAGAUCUGCAGAACUGGAUCCUGGUCACCACCCAGAAACUGGAAUCCUGCCAAAAUGGCGGCAAGAACUGGGAUGAAAAGGAUAUAGAGGCGCUGGAAGCUGAAUUGACAGAAAAGGACAUGCAGCGCCAUCUGGUGGAGGUGCAGGGAAAGAAGGUGAUUGACACUUCUUCACCAGAGGGGGGCGCUCUCAUCCAGUCAGAACUCAAUCAAGUGGCUGAAUCCUGGAAUUCUUUACUGCAGCUAUAUGAGCAGAUGGCCAGGCUCGGGAAGGGGAGAGAACAACACGGAUCAAGUCCUAAAUCUCUCCAGAAACCUACGGACACCUCAAGAGAUCAGACAUACAGCCUGGUCUCAGAUAUGGACACCGAUGACUUCCCGCAGAGCAACAAGACCCCGACCCCCAACAAGACCAGUAUAAGUAUCACCCAAGACGACCAAGGCAUCCACAACAACCUCCUAGAUGACAUUAGCACCGACGACUCACAGAGAAACAGAGGAUUUCGACAAAUUGGGGGCUCGUCCGGCCUGAUCUCAGAUAUGGACACCGAUGACUUCCCGCAGAGCAACAAGACCCCGACCCCCAACAAGACCAGUAUAAGUAUCACCCAAGACGACCAAGGCAUCCACAACAACCUCCUAGAUGACAUUAGCACCGACGACUCACAGAGAAACAGAGGAUUUCGACAAAUUGGGGGCUCGUCCGGCCUGGUCUCAGAUAUGGACACCGAUGACUUCCCGCAGAUCAACAAGACCCCGACCCCCAACAAGACAAGUAUAAGAAUCAGCCAAGACGGCCAAGUCAUUAAUAACAAUUCACCAUAUGACACCGGCACUGAUGAUUCUCCAAGAAACAGAGGAUUUCGACAAUUUGGGGGCUCGUCCGGAACUGGCUAUAAUGUUGUGACUAACAGUAUUACAGACCUGCCGGAUGGUCUCCCCGGUCACAAUAAAUCCUCUCUAGUAUUGGGACAUAAAGGAGACUCCCGCAGAACUGGCUAUAAUGUUGUGACUAACAGUGUUACAGACCUGCCGGAUGGUCUCCCCGGUCACAAUAAAUCCUCUCUAGUAUUGGGACAUAAAGGAGACUCCCGCAGCAAUACCCAUGAUAUUCAUAGCAUCAGUGGUAAUGACAAGACGGGCAGAGACCCAGCAGGAAGAAAGCAGGAUAAAAGUAGCUCAGUCAGGAUCUCUGGUUCUGGUAAUGGAAAUAAUUCCCCGGGGACCUCCAAGAAAUCAACACACAAGAGUCUAGCGGUGAAGAGGAUAGACGCAGCAUCCAGCAUUGACCUCAGCGGCUAUGAAUUCCGAGUCAUAGACCAAGAAGUCGGAAGCCAAGAAGAUGAAACAUCUGAAAGAGCGGGCAGCAUUGACCUCAGCGGCUACGAAUUCCGAGUCAUAGACCAAGAAGUCGGAAGCCAAGAAGAUGAAACAUCUGAAAGACCGGGCAGCAUUGACCUCAGCGGCUACAAAUUCCGAGUCAUAGACCAAGAAGUCGGAAGCCAAGAAGAUGAAACAUCUGAAAGACCGGGCAGUGCUGAUGCUGAUGGACACUCAUUCAGAAGUAUAGGAAGCCCUGGCAGCAGUAAAAAGAACAUUUCCAGUGGUCGAGGCUUUGGACAGAUUGAAAAAAGAAGUGGUGCUCAAGAGGUUAAUGGACUUGGUGAUUCUGGUGAGGGUGACGCUCAGGCACAUGAAGUAAAUGGCGGUUCAGCAAGGUUUCCCAGUGGAGGCCAUAGAACGACUCCUUCUCAUACACCAUCAAAGUCCAAGAGUCCAUCAGUGGUGAGAGGAGAUCUGACGUCCAGGACCGGCCUUCAGCAGGAUGAUGAUCUUCACCACAGAUCUGGAUUGCAGAUUAGUCAGGGCCGACUACAGGUGACUUCUGGAAUAAUGGUGUCUCCUCUGCUGGAAAGUUCUCUUGCAGAAGAGAAUAUGAACAAAGGAAAAUCUCCCAAUAAUCCUGGGAGAACCCGGAGGAAUAGGAAGUUUUUGUCCCUAGCAGAGUCUGUAGACAUGGUGGAUUCUCCGAGCUCACAGAUUACUGGAGGAGGCAAGGACGGUGACGAUCACAUGACGUUGUUGCUGGAGUUUGAGCAAUGGCUGCAGACAGAAAGCUCAAAGCUGAACAGGAUUUGUGCGUCUCACGUCUCCGGCAGCGAGGAAAUGAAAACGCGGCAGCGUCAUCUACAGAAUUUACAGUCCCGGGUCCCUCAAGGCCAAAGACUCUUCGAGUCUCUUCUGCGCAGGAGCGCGUCCAUGGCGGUGACCGAGAACCUCAAACUGGAAGAGCUCCGAUACCUCUGGAUGUUGUACAAAUCCAAGCUCCGGGAUUCUGGGAAAAACACAAAUCUGACGACAACGGAAGAGCUGAGAGGAGCCACAAAGACCGGCGGGGGGCUCUGCUCGUUCCUGCACCGGGUGUGUUGCGCUGCGUUGCCUCUGCAGUUGCUCCUCCUCCUCCUCCUCCUCUUGGCAUUUCUUCUCCCUCUUCUACAGGAAACCAAGAAUUGCGCCCUGUCUAACAACUUUGCACGUUCCUUUAACCUGAUGCUUAAGUAUGAUGGGCCCCCUCCCACCUAGAGCCCCCGGCCCCCAGGAGCCCGGUAUAUACUGUAAUCACUAUAAUAUGGCAGCUUACCUCCAUCUUUGUAUAUAGUAUUUGUCGUUGUCGUUUUUUUAUUAUCUUUUAUGUACUGACCAGCCGGUUAACCCUAGCACUGCCUUGGAAGGUCUAGCACCAGGAACGAUAGGGUUAACCGCACCCUGUAUAUAGCUGCGAUGUAUAUAAACUGGCACAGUAGCGUGUUCUAUAUUUUAUACAUUGUAUCACUAUUUAUGGUUUAUAUAAGGCGCUUUUUUAUGUAAAUAUAUAUUUGAAUAUUUUUCUUUUUUUUUUUUUUACAGUUUGCUAUUGACAAUCACAAAUGACUGUGGGGAUUGUGCAGGAUGACAAAAACAUGGCUGCUUUCUUCUAAAAAAAAAACAAAAAAAAAAACAGCGCCACACCCGUCAUCAGGCUGUGUGUGGUAUUGCAACUCAACCAUAAUUUUUUUGGUGAAGCUGCAAUACCGGACACAGCCUUUUGCACAGGAGUGGCGCUGUUUCUACAAGAAAGCAGCUCCAUUUUUGUGGACAUACCCCCUUUAGGCUUCACAUAGAAGUGCAUAUGCAAAUUUAAAGGGGAAUUCCACCUAUCACCCUCUAAAGUAGGAUACCAUAUUGGGGAUUUGCACUGAUGUCUUCCCCUUUAAUAUAUGCAAUUUAGUUUUGGGUCAAGCCCCCCAUCCCAAUAUUAUCUAGUCCAGUGUUUCCCAACUAAGGGGCCUCCAGCUGUUGCAAAACUACAACUCCUUGCAUGCCCGGACAGCCGCUGGCUGUCCGGGCAUGCUGUAAGUUGUAGUCUUGCAACAGCUGGAGGCACCCUGGUUGGGAAACAAAGAUUUUUCCCCAAUAGCAAAACUAAAACAUAUUUUAAAUUUUAGGUGAGGUUUCCCUUUAGCCCUAUUUUAGGACCGCCCCUGCUUUGUAUUUCAUAUUCUGUAAUUUUAUAGCUCCACCUUCUUAUGCAAAUGAGCUGUAGUUGGAUUUUUUUAUCAUGGAUUUUUUUUAUGUAUAGAAUUUUCCCUCUAUAUUAGAGACAAAGAAAAUAAUCUGAAAGAAUUUGUUUCUGCUUUAAAUAUGUUUUUACCAGAAAUUUGUAAUUUCGUAUUAAUGCGUCUUAUUACCUGAAGCACCGAUAGUCGCGGGUCCCUUUACUCGCUGAGUUCUUACAUCAUCACCUGCUGGUCAUUCAGGUAAUAGAGAUGAUGAGAGUUGUAGUCUUGACAGAUUCCGGUGCCUUGGCUUUACCACACUCCACACAGAUCCCAGCAUAUUGUACUCUACAGUUUGGCAAUAAAAAAGCAGAUACACCAUUUUGCCUUUUUCUUGGCCCCAAAGUUCUAGAUGAUUCAUGGUUCUAAUAUUCUAGUUCAUGUAUAGGCCUGACUCUCAUAGACCAUUUAUGCUACCAAAAUACUAGACCAUUCAUGGGCUCAACAUUCUAGACUUUGGGCUCAACAUUCUAGACCAUUCAUGGGCUCAACAUUCUAGACUAUUCAUGGGCUCAACAUUCUAGGCCAUUCAUGUGCUCAACAUUCUAGACUAUUCAUGGGCUCAACAUUCUAGACUAUUCAUGGGCUCAACAUUCUAGACUAUUCAUGGGCUCAACAUUCUAGACUAUUCAUGGGCUCAACAUUCUAGACUAUUCAUGGGCUCAACAUUCUAGACUAUUCGUGGGCUCAACAUUCUAGACUAUUCAUGGGCUCAACAUUCUAGACCAUUCAUGGGCUCAACAUUCUAGACCAUUCAUGGGUUCAACAUUCUAGACCAUUCAUGGGCUCAACAUUCUAGACUAUUCAUGGGUUCAACAUUCUAGACUAUUCAUGGGUUCAACAUUCUAGACCAUUCAUGGGCUCAACAUUCUAGACCAUUCAUGGUCUCAACAUUCUAGAACAUUCAUGGUCUCAACAUUCUAGACUAUUCAUGGGCUCAGCAUUCUAUUCCAUUUAUGGCCUCAACAUUCUAUUCCAUUUAUGGGAUCAAUGUUCUUCGACUAUUCAUAGGCUCAACAUUCUAGACUAUGGGCUCAACAUUCUAGACUAUUCAUGGGCUCAGCAUUCUAGACUAUUCAUGGGCUCAACAUUCUAUUCCAUUUAUGGCCUCAACAUUCUAUUCCAUUUAUGGGAUCAAUGUUCUUCGACUAUUCAUAGGCUCAACAUUCUAGACUAUGGGCUCAACAUUCUAGACUAUUCAUGGGCUCAACAUCCUAUUCCGUUUAUGGGAUCAAUGUCCUUAGACUAUUCAUGGGCUCAACAUUCUAGACUAUGGGCUCAACAUUCUAGACCAUUUAUGGGUUCAACAUUCUAGACUAUGAGCUCAACAUUCUAGACUAUUCAUGGUCUCAACAUUCUAGACUAUUCAUUGGCUCAACAUUCUAGACUAUUCAUGGGCUCAACAUUCUAGACUAUUCAUGGGCUCAACAUUCUACAUUAUUCAUGGGCUCAAUGUUCUAGACUGUUUAUGGUAUCAAUGUUCUAGACCAUUUAUGGUACCUGCAUUCUAGACCAUUUGUGAUCACAUAAUUCUAGACCAUUCAAUGGUUCAGCAUUUUAGACAAUUAAUGAGCUUAACAUCCUAGACUACUCAUGGGCUCAACAUUCUAGACCAUUCAAUGGUUCAACAUUCUAAACCAUUAAUGAGCUUAGCAUUUUACACCAUCUAUGAGCCCAAUAUUUCAGAGUCUAGAAUGUUGACCCUAUGAAAGGUCCCUAAAUUAUAGACCAUUUGUGGUCACAAUAUCCUACACAACUCAUGAUUCUGAUAUUCUAGAUCAUUUAUAGGCUUGGCUCUUUAGACCCUAAUCCUGAUGUUCUAGUCCAUUCAUAUUCCCAAAAUUACAGACCAUUCAUGCUUCCAACAUUCUAGACUAUUGAGGGUCCCAACAUUCUAGAUCAUUCAUGGUCCCAACAUUCUAGACCAUGGUCAUGACAUUCUCAUCCAUUCAUGGGCCUGACAUUUUAGACCACUCGUGCCCCAUUUGUGGCUCUCCAACUGUUGCAGAAGUACAACUCCUAUUAUGCUGAAACAAAUACACUUAAUGCUCUUUUUCUAGUCCCAAAAUUCUAGGCAAUUUAUAGGCCUGACGUUCUAGAUCAUUUGUAAGCCCCAUCAUUCUGAUCUGUAGCUCUACAGCUUUUGCAAAACUACAACUUAUGACCAAACAAAUGUGCCAUGCAUGUGCGACAUGUUUGACCAUUAAUGGUACCAACAUUCUAGAGCAGUGGUCUUCAACCUGCGUACCUGCAGAUGUUGCAAAACUACAACUCCCAGCAUGCCCGGACAGCCAACGGCUGUCCGGGCAUGCUGGGAGUUUUAGUUUUGCAACAUCUGGAGGUCCGCAGGUUGGCGACCACUGGUCUAGACCAUUCAUGAUCCUGACAUUCUAAUUCAGUGUUUUCCCCAUGUGGCUGUCAGGGCAUGAUGGGAGUUGUAGUUUCUCAACAGCUGGAGAGACACAGAUUGGAGAACACUGGUCUAAACAUUUCAGCUUUUUUUCUUUUCUGUGUAGAUAUCAGUCCCUAAGUCAACUUCUUCCAUUUGUUUUUUUUAGCUUGUGUGUUUCUCAGAAAGCUGAGUAGCAAACAAAACAACCCAGCUUUCUCAUACCCCUGAAUAGUAAAUCUUCAUAGUUGCACAUGUCAAUGGGACUGCAGUAGAUAUCACUGUUUAUCUAGAAUAAUCCAUUCAGGACUUAGGACCAGAUAAAGCUGGAGGAUCCCCCUGUAAUGGCGACCAUAUUUUUUAUUUUUUUCUCACCCAGCUUUCCCAGGCACAGGUAUAAAUCUCAGACCUCUAGAGAAGGGGAGGACUCCUAGUUGCUGUAUAGCUUUGUAGGGACCUCAAUCAAGUAUAUUAGGCUCCAUAAUCUUCCCGUUAUAGUAAGGCGACGGCUUAAUGCGCCGGUUAUUGCGGUCUAAAUAAUGUCGGAGCUGUUUGGGGACAGCGGAGAAGUGAGAUAGAAGUUCGCUCAAUUGUAAGACAAGUAACUGCUGGACGGCCUGCGGAAUAGCUUGACUUUUUUUUAUUUUAGGUAACCCGAGUAACUACCAAGAAAGAAAAAUAAAUUUACAUUUACGUCGCGUCCUGGAAAUGUAAUUAGAACUGGCGGCUGCAGUACCACUUUCUACCACUGUUGUUGGCGAGAA